GAUAAUCCACUCAGAAAUAUUGGCGCCUCCCAAGCGGACGACCAGACCGCGCAGUGCAGGUCACCGAACUCUCCAUCACCGACCUCAUUCCAGCAGCAGCAGCAUUGGAAUAAUGGUACCAAGAGUGGUGUGGACGACGACGAUAGCGACUGGGAUAAUAAAUGUUUCGAUUUAAUUCCACUGCUGAAUUAUGGCAUUUGCACACCGGACACGUGCACUGCCUAUGAUACGAAGAAAAUUAUCGAUAUGAUAUAUAAAUCAGCCGAAGCGCUGAUGGAGCGACGUGUGGUAUGUAAUGUGGACAUUGUGUGUCGAAACACGUUGCCCGAAUCACAGAUGUCACACGAUACCUCUUCAAUGACUGUACUGUGA